CUCUAAACACUCCUAAUUUUGGAUUUAUUUUUUUAUUUAUUUCAUAUCACUAACUAGGGGUGGCUAUACGGUCCGGUCCGCUUAAAUUGGACCAAAUUGAUCCGGUCCAAGUCCGGUCUUUUCAGGAAUAUAAGGACCAAAGAUUGGAUUGGAUACACUCCGGUCUUGAUCCGGUCCGGUCCCAAUUUGAUUUUUAUUUUAGAUUGAGCUUGUGGGGAUUUGAAUGUUGGCGUCUCUUAUCCGGUCUUUAUCUGGGUUUUUUUACCUCAAAUCUAAGCCUGAAUAUGAGAUUGGAUUGUUUGCUAUCCGGUCCCAGUCUGGUCCCGAUCGGGGUUAUACGGUCCGAUUUCGAGUAAAACCAAACAGUCCUGGACCAAAUUGCCAGCCCUAUCACUAACACCGUCGUCAAAUCCACCUUCGCCAAUGCCGCAGACCACCGCGCUGAGCGCUCAACUUCCUCGAUGAUCGCUACUUCACCGCCGCCGACGCGGACAAUGAUGUCAGCAGGGAGGAGGCUGAUGCUGCUUCCUGGCUCCUCCCAACUCGCCACCGGCGGGUAUGUAUCCAAAUAUGAACACGGUCCAAUUCAUGUUCCCCGAAUAGAUCCGUACGGCAGUACCUGGAGGAGGCGAAUCCUGCGCCGGGAGAGGGUUAGAGCAUAUUGAUUUCUGUUUAAGCCACGAUACUUCCCUCUUCCAAACGCGCCUACUUCACUGCACCACGGGCGCCCAGGCUCUGCAAAACUAGCGCCUAGAGGGCUAAACCCGCCCGUUAGCACUCCGACGAUCAAGUCAGUAGUAAUUCUAGAGAGAUAAGUGAAGGGAUAGGACUUAGUGAGAGAAACCGACCUGCUUAAAUGCCACCUACCAGGGACUAUUUAUACUACUGGAGCUUCCGACCAGGCUCCGACCAACCCCUGCAACACAACCUUACGUCAGCCCAGCAUUAAAUGCUCAGCCAGGUCCAACGCCUACACGCCUACACGUGGCACAUUGUCCUUCCUCCACGUCGGGGCGCAUAGGGGGACCACCUACCCCGUGGAGCCUUUCCGACUUCUCCCAUCCGUACUUCCUUGUCCGCGAGCCUAUUUUGUCGUUAUGCGCCCCUCCUCCUUUAGGGCUACCUAGGUCAUGCCCUAAUAGGCCAUAAAUGGGCUUCAGGCCCAACAGGCUCCUGACUUUCGUGGGCUUAUCCCUAAUACCCCAACAAUUUCUAAGAUGAUUCGGCGAGGGUUAGAGCAGGGGAAAGCGGCGGAGGCGGUAGGGGAGUUGGAGGCGGCAGGGUAGUUGGGUGAGUAAGGAAGACGGAAGGUGUUGGGACUCCUUAACUUAACAUUUUAAUUAAUUGAGUUUUAGGGAUAUAAAAUAUUUAAACUCAAAAUUAAGAUUAGAUUAGGGGUAAUUUGGUCAUUUCACAACUCAUUAAACAACUAUUUGACGGAAAAUUAGACGGAAGAAUACAUUCAUUACGUUUUAUUAUUAAAAGAGUAUGUUUGUGCAAAAAAUUAAUAGAGAAGUACAUUUUUUAAUUUGUGAUAGUAAAGAAGUACAAAAUGCUAUUAACCCAUUUCCAAUCCUACCUUAAAUAAUAGAUCAUUCUCCAAACAACCAGGAUUUUCUAUUGGUCUAGCAUGUUUCACACCGUGCUUUACACCAAGUACCUUUUUCUUAUUCAUUUCACUUUACACUCUCCUCAAUUUUGCAUCAUGUGUAUCAAUUCACACAUCUCUCAAUUUUGCACGAAAGAAAUGCCCAAGACAGGGUAAAGCAAAGACCAUGUUCUAAACGUGUGCUUUAAUUCACUCUCUUUUUUAUAGUUACUAUUAUUUCUAAAAAUCAGCUGUAACUAAAUGUCCAAUGGCAAUAAACAAGAUCAUAUUAAAGAUAUUGAUAAAUU